CCGCGCCAGUACGCUCCUGCGCAGUACCUUUUCCCCCUCCCACUAUCGCCUUUCGUCCCGCUACGCGACCAGUCGGUUCCUUGUUUGCCAUCACAAAAUCCAAUAGUUUGCCUUGUACCACGGAAGGAGUACGAGUGCGCGGUUCGGCAGCUUUACAUACGCGUCUUUUAGAAAAGUGCGGUGAAUCCAACGAGUCCGAUGUAACGCGUGUCUCUCGCUUACACAAAAGAUGUACGUUACUUUGCGUUUGUUUACCCACACUACGAGAUUUCGCCGUUGCUGAGAAGUAAUCUCGCGCGCGCGCGUAUUCGUGGAAGCAAGAAUAUAGUGAAUUCCUACGGGCAACCGGACCAACCGGCCCGUUAAGGCUUUGUCGAUUUUUUGGUCGUGAAAAAACAACGAAUCGAGCAAGAGAGCGAGAAAGCGAAAGAGGAAGAUAGGUGUGGAACACGCAGCAAUUGUGCGAAGGAGGAUCCAAGUAUAUGAGGAGAAACAGUGAGAAACAUCUCCAAUGUGAUUUGCGAUGAAACGUGUUCGUGGACUAGACGACAUAGCAUCACCAUCAGCAAAGCACUCUGUGAGUGCUGCAAGUUUAGGAAGUGGAGGUGGUAGUUUGGAUUAUCAUCCCAGCAGUGGAAUAGGUGUUGUUGUACCUGGUCAAGCAGUUCGAUCUGUUACUUCGAAAGAAAUGCCAGGGAGUAUACAGUUUGGUACUGCCCAAGCUCAACAACAAUACACUGGAGCAAUUGUUGUGCCAACUGCAGCACCAUCUCCCAUCAAGCAGGCGAGUGGCUCUGCGGGAGGACUCGGUUCUACAUGUAGCAGUAGUAAUAUAAGUACUAGUGGUAAUUUGCAUAGUGGAAUAGGUGGUGGUAAUAGUCAUACGAUGACUUCCCAACAACCUACAUCAGGAUCACAAAAUCAAGUUCACACGCAACAGCAAUCGACAAUAAGGCAUAAGGUGCAUUCUGGUAAUGUAACACCAUUAGCUUCCACUCCACCUGGCUCUAAUCUAGGAGGAGGAAGUGGAUCUCAACAAUUUCAGAGAUUAAAAGUGGAAGAUGCAUUAUCUUAUUUGGAUCAAGUAAAAUAUAAAUUUAGCGAUCAACCCCAGGUGUAUAAUGACUUUUUAGAUAUUAUGAAAGAAUUUAAAUCUCAAAGUAUAGAUACUCCGGGCGUUAUAACCCGAGUGAGUCACCUCUUCAAAGGACAUCCUGAACUCAUCGUCGGUUUCAAUACAUUUCUCCCACCAGGCUACAAAAUAGAAGUACAAGCAAAUGAGCAAGGAUAUGCUUUUCAAGUAUCAGUCAGUAUGCCCAGUCCGACGGCAACGCAUACUGCUACAUUGUCGCAGCACCAUUGUACAGUGAAUGUUGGUUCACCUCCUGUAGCUAGUCCACCCAUGCAGCCUGCGAAAGCACCUCCUGUAUUACAAAUAAUGCCAGGGUCAGGCAACAUACAUCACACUUUGGCAAACAGUAUUACGACUAACAGCUUGACUGUUCACGCGCCUUCACCACCGCCAGUAUCAGUGUAUAAUAAUUCACAUGUUAGCACUGCACAAGCUCAAGCUGUCAGUCAAGCUUUAAGUCAAGCGGAUGGUGUAUCAACUGGUGGGCAAACGCAACAAAGUCAACCGGUUGAAUUUAAUCAUGCAAUUAAUUAUGUCAAUAAAAUAAAGAAUCGGUUCCAAGGUCAACCAGACAAAUACAAACGUUUCUUAGAAAUAUUGCAUACCUAUCAGAAAGAACAACGAAAUUUAAAAGAAUCUGGCCAUAUGGGAGGUACAAGUUCCAGUGCGACAGGUGGGACAGGUGGAAAACACUUGACGGAAGCGGAAGUUUAUAGCCAAGUUGCGAAAUUAUUUGAAAAUCAAGAAGAUUUGCUUGCUGAGUUUGGACAAUUUUUGCCAGAUGCUACUAACCAACAAAGUUCGUUGACUAAUAAGACGACAUCGGUUAACGAUCAUACGACGAUUGUCAAGAAACCAAUUGGACACCUUAAAACACCUUAUAAUAAUUCUGGUACUAUAUCGAGAGAUCUUCGAGAAGCCAGCGGUACGACUGGAUUGGAACGCGACAAUCGAGAUCAUAGAGAACGAGAACGAGAACGAGAGCGGGAUAGAUCGAACAUAAGAGAUAUCAGUAGUGGUCAGAAAUGCGGGCAUAGUACAGGACAGUUGAAAAGGAGUCCAUCAUUCUCAACUUCAGCAACUUCUGCGGGAAAUUCUCAUCAUAUACAACAUGGACCACCACCAUCGAAAAAACAUAAAGUGGCUACAAUGCGUGAUAUUUCCAUUGCGGAAGCUGGUAAAUACGGUACCCUAAACGACUAUGCUUUCUUUGAUAAGGUUCGAAAGGCGCUCAGAUCGCAAGACGUCUACGAAAACUUCCUUCGAUGUUUAGUGCUUUUCAAUCAGGAGAUAAUAUCCAAGUCGGAGCUGAUUCAGCUGGUAACACCAUUUCUCGGCCGUUUCCCCGAGUUGUUACGUUGGUUCAAAGAUUUUCUCGGUUACUUAUCUGAUUCGUCCAACACUACGGUGACAAAUGCAGGAAAUGCCAUAGGAGUGGAAACUUUCCCAAACAGCAUUGUACGCAGCCAUCAAGAACGACCGCAAGGUGAUUUGGCGAUAGAAAUUGAUUAUACAGCGUGCAAGCGAUUGGGGGCGUCAUAUUGCGCAUUGCCAAAAUCGUACGUUCAGCCAAAAUGUAGUGGUAGAACGCAAUUGUGUAAGGAAGUCCUUAACGAUACUUGGGUUUCGUUUCCAACUUGGUCAGAAGACAGCACAUUUGUAACGUCGAGGAAAACACAAUACGAAGAGUCCAUAUAUCGAUGCGAGGAUGAACGUUUUGAAUUGGACGUCGUUAUAGAAACUAACGCAUCAACAAUUAGAGUGCUCGAGGGAGUUUAUAAGAAAAUCACCAGGAUGACUCAAGAGGAGAUACAGAAAUUUAAGCUCGACGACUGUAUGGGUGGUUGUUCCCCUACGAUUCAUCAACGUGCAAUAAGAAGGAUAUACGGCGAUAAGGCUCCUGAUAUCAUAGAGGGUCUGAAAAGAAAUCCUGCAGUAGCUGUGCCUGUUGUACUCCGCCGAUUAAAGGCUAAGGAAGAGGAAUGGCGGGAAGCGCAAAAGGGAUUUAAUAAAAUCUGGAGAGAACAAAAUGAAAAGUACUAUUUGAAAUCUUUGGAUCAUCAAGGAAUUAAUUUUAAACAGAAUGAUGUAAAAGCGUUGAGAUCUAAGAGUCUGUUCAAUGAAAUCGAAACGUUGUACGACGAGAGACACGAACAGGGUGACGACGGUAAUGGCGAUGGUCAAGGAAAUAGCGGCCCACACCUUGUUUUACCUUAUAAAGACAAAUCUGUCUUGGAUGAUGCUGCUAAUCUCUUGAUCCAUCACGUGAAACGGCAAACCGCUGUUCAUAAAGAAGACAAACAACGGAUAAAACUUUUAUUGAAACAUUUUAUACCUGAUCUUUUUUUCCAUCCCCGACAAGAACUCAGCGAUGACGAAAGAGAUGAAGAUGAUGAGAAGGACGAUAUAAAUGUGGCAACGUGUAACAAUUCUCAAUCCGCGACAACUACUUCGUCAUUAAGUGGUUUACAAGCUAAUAGAAGUAAGGCUUCUGCGUCACCAAAUACAUCUUCCGUUACCAUCAAGAGUGAACCUGACGUCAAAGUACCCAUACAUGCUCUCUCGAGUGAUCCCGAGGAAGCGUAUACACUUUUCAUGGGUAGUAAUAAUUGGUAUCUCUUUCUGAGAUUACAUCAUAUACUUUGUGAGAGAUUAACGAAAAUGUAUACCGAAGCGAUUGCUCUUGCCGAAGAGGAAUCCAAGUAUAAACAGCAACGCAAGGAAAGUACAGCGGUCGCUUUAAGAUUAAAACCAAAAAGUGAAAUUGAAAUUGAAGAUUAUUAUCCUGCCUUUUUGGAUAUGGUUAAAAAUGUUCUCGAUGGAAAUAUGGAAAGCACGGCGUACGAAGACACGUUGCGAGAAAUGUUUGGUAUACAUGCUUACAUUGCCUUUACUCUUGACAAGGUCGUUAAUUAUGCCGUUAGGCAAUUGCAGCACCUAGUCUCAGAUUCCGUUUGUCAACAAUGUAUGGACCUAUUCCAAAGGGAGCAACGGCAAUCUAAAGAAAGUAGCGGAGCCGGUGGGUUAUGUGCCACAGCGUACAUAAGAUUAAGUGCUGAAUUGUCAUAUCAACGUAAAGCAGAAAAAGUAAUGGCAGAUGAAAACUGUUUCAAAAUAUACAUAUAUAAAAAGGAUUGUAAAAUGACGAUGGAGUUGUUAGACACAGAAGGCGACGAAACGGUGGAUAAUGGCUGUAGGGAAAGAGAAAGAGAAGCUGUUACAGUUUCUGAAAAAUGGUCGACGUACGUUGAGAGAUUUUCUACACCAGCUGAUCAAACUAGCCCAAAAGACACUCCUGCCUUAACAGAGAAUGAGCAGUCGACCAAUCAUCCUGUGAGUAGCGACCAGGCAGCAAGGGGGGGAAGGGGCAGAAAACGCAAGAACACUGACAUUAGCAAGAAGAUUGACGGAAAUACUUGGAAUUCCUCAAGCAGAACCUCCACAGGACGUAAACCUAUUUUUCUUUAUCGUAAUAUCAGAUCGUAUCGACAGCAUGCUGCAAGAUUAAUGAAAGGAAAAACAUAUUCGCUUAAUACUAAUCCGGACAAAGUUGCAGAAUCAAAUGACACUCCAGAUAUGAUCAGUUCCGAUGAAACGCAAUGUAGAUUUAAUCCCAACAGUUAUACCAUGCUCUUUAUUGUCCAUAAGGACAGAUUUCUUUACAAACAAAACUCGAUGAAUCGUGCUAGACGGUGUCAUCCAGUCGUAACGAAGCGUAAAGAUUCCAAGUUCCAUCAUUGGCAUGCAUCGUGGAUAUCCAAGAACGGCACAGAUAUUCAACAUCGAUUAUGUCAAGAUUGGUUGAUGGGACGAUACGAAAAUUUAAUUCCUCAUAGGACACGAGUGAUAACGGACAACGAUCAGGCACGUUCCCCUUAUCGACAAUACAAUCGUUUCCGAGUAGAACGUUUACAAUCUGAUUUAUUGACAGAGACAUGCGUCUAAUUCGAUUAAAAAUUUCCCUUAAAAAUGUCUACGUCCACUACAAUUAGUUUUGUUUACGGCGUUAAAAAAUUUCUUUUUAUCAGUUUAAGCACGAUCAAAACUUAAGGCAGAAACUCUUGAAAUACAAAUUUAGUUUUUGUGCAAAUUAAUGAAUAUUGUUCAGAGUAGGCAAUGCCGAUAUUCAAAGAAAAUUUGAGUCAAAUUUGAUUCCAAAUACAUUGAUGAGAGUAAAUGGUCAAUGGCCGUCCAUGCAUUAUAUACCAUAUCAUUAUAUAUUUUCGCACAGAGUUUUAUUCUUGGCUGUAUAGAAGUACACAGGUUGUACAUUGUGUGUACACAAUGAUAUGAGUAAUAAUGUAUUGCGUUAUGUGAGGGAUUUAAUACUAUUGCACUGAAUUCUCUGUAUUAAUAUUAGACAAUUUUUUGCCAACGUCUCCUACUACUUUUAUUAUACAACAUUUACUCGCGUUUAUUUUACGAUAUUGAUACUAAUGUAUUACGCAUGAUUAAAAUUUCGUACAUUUGACAUCUGUAUAUUUGAAUAUGCCUUGCAUCUCUGUUAUUUUCGAUGCUUUCGAUAUUUUAACAAGUAUGUACAUAUAGAUACAAAUGCUUAUUUCAUUCAAGCUUAAUCAGGUAUGUCAACUAAUCAAAUCAAUAGCUAUUUAUAGGAAAAUUAGAAAUAAUUUUAAUUAAUUUUUCUAACUUUGUUUUUAAUGAAACGCAUAUAUAAAUAUUUGUAAUUAGACAUAUACACUUUCAAGCCUGUACAUAUAUACAUCUUCGCGCGCACGUGCGUACGUGUGCGUGUGUGUGUACACGCAGAACACACAGGUAUGUAUACAUAUACAUGUAUAAACGUGUACAAAACAUGUACAAAACUUCAGAAUUUAUUUUAUUUGCCUUCCAGGCUCUGUAACAUAAAACAAAUGAAGAUAUUAAAACGGUAAUGUUCCUGGACAGUGCGAUAGAGCCGAGCGUAUUGAAAGUUAAUGCGUCGGGAAAAUUAAAUGGAAAGUCACUGACUUACCUAAACAUACACGCGCACGCACGCACGCACGAUCAUGUAACAUACCAAUUUUUUAUGUCUGCAUAUUAUGUAUAAUAUGAAUAUAAUAAAAUGCGAAUUUUUCAAUAGUACAUAUUUCACAUGUAGGAUUUCGCAUUUUUACAUGUAGGAUAUCAUCUACAAAUAACUGUGAGAUAUAACAAUCGUCAAUAAAAUGGUGCAUUAGUGUAAAAAAGUGAACGUUAUUAAACAUUUAUUCGUAAUCACGUUCGUAAUCACAUAGGAUUUUUUUUUAAUAAAACAAAGUUCAAGAAAAGUUUGUGCGUUGCUAAUAUUUGGGAACGAAAAAAUCAUGCGUUAUACAAAUACGUGAUAAACAGUUAGUGGAUGCGACUUUGUCCUAUUUAUUUGUCAUAUUUUUGUCGACUCUCGGAACGCGCAUCUGUACAGUAUAUAUUAUUCAGUCGAUACAAAUCUUAGCAAAUAAGAUAGCCAAAAAAGAAUAUAAGAUAAAUAUUUAAUUAUAAUAUAAUGUGUAUAGUCAUAAUAUAUAUUAUACGUACCGUAAUUUUCGUAAUAUAA